UGGGCUAGUAGUGGGUGCAAGUACAAGAUCUUGUCACUCAUGGCUCGUGAUGUGUUAGCUAUACCAGUUACCACCGUUGCUUCUGAGGCGGCAUUUUCUAUAGGAGGUCGAAUUUUAGAUCCUUUUAGAAGCUCACUAAGCCCAAGGAUGGUCGAAGCAUUAAUUUGUCUCAAUAACUGGUGGAGCGGAUCACAUCAACCCAUCAUAACUCGAGAAUAUAUGGAAGAAGAAGAAGCGCUUCAAACAUCAGAGUAUCUUGAGUCAGAGAUGACCAAUGAUCCUACAAGUGUUGGGCCUGGGCCAGCUUCAUCCUCCGUCAAUUUUCAGUCUUCAGCCUCAUCUGCAUCUGCUGCACAACAAUCUACAAAUUAAAAGAAUUGCAAUUGCUUGUAAGAAUUUAUUCAUGCCUACCUGCCUUUAUGUUAUUUAUUAUCCUUGAUUUCUUUUCUUUACUAAUUUUUCUUAUUUGAAUUUUGAAAGGAAUGAAGGAAAGGAAAGAAGGAAAGGGCAUGGACUUUUGCUGGUCAUGUAUUUUGAACUUUUAUAGACUUAAUUUAAUGUUUAUGGUUGUAGACGACUUAUGGACUUUAUUUUGGUUUUGUGGUUAACUAGUUAUGUACUUAAGUUUAUGGAUUUUAUCGUUGUUUAUUUAUGGUUGCAGUUUUUUCUUAAUAUCUUAAUAUUAUCACUCUCUUUUUAAAAGCAGAAAAUAGUCAAUUGAACUACUUUGCUCUAAUGUGUUUCCUUGUAGAAAUCUUGGUGGCUUAACAUGUAUUUAUAGAUGGCCAUUCAAGGCGUUC